AUGUCCUCCGUGUCUUCGAGCGCAUCAUCGCCUGAUGCACUGGGUCCGGAAGGGGAUGCGCUAUAUCUCAUUUCAUCACCAGUCCCGGAAUUCAGCGGGCGACAAAGCUGGGUUCCGCCGUACACGAUCCAAACCCCCCGGAGGCAAGAACGGGUGCCUCGACGGACGCCCAGACAACAGAGCUCUCAGACCAUGCGCUUCAAUGAUAUUAUAUUACCGACGAGUCCGCAUAUGCGACAACGAUCAAUGUCCCCAACAAAAAUGCAGUCGGAAGGCAAUCUGAGUCCGUGGAGAAUACGAGUGACAGUGGAAGCCGAGCACGAAGAUGAUGAGAACAAUCAGGAUGGACCGCGGAAGAAACUCAAACCUUCGACUGUCACAACCAAGGUACCGUUGAAAGAUGAAGAAAGUAACCCGCCUUCAGCGAAAAAGCGAAGAGGUCGCCCGCGCAAAUCGGACGCUCGCGAAAAAAGUCUCAGUCCGAUCAAAGGAAGUCCAGGACGAACACCAAAGCAGCAGCCCCCCGACUCGGUAAAGCGACCGCGUGGACGUCCUAGAAAAAGUAUGCAGAGUGAGCCUGUCGCGCAAAGCGUAGAGGCGGUAGAAAGCCCUGUGAGGAACAACAUGAAAUCUGCUACGCUCGAUGGAGUCAUCGAAAGGGAACCUCCCGCGCCGUUCAUGACUGCCGAUAUGGGGCCUCCUUCUGAUGCAUCGUCGGAACCUGAUCCUUUCCUAGAUAUGGCCGGCUCAGGAGCUUUUGAAGAACAAUCGCCACAUCCAAAUUCCUACCGUUUCUCUCCGCCCGUCGUCUUUGAUUUGGCGGACUCCCAUAGUGCGAAACCUGCACAGCUUGACAUGAGCGCGCAACAAGCGACACCACAAGCCUCAGUCUCUCCAAUUCGAGGACACACAGGAAUAACUCCCCAAAAUACUUUAUACGCAGGACAUACUCCUCGAAAAGUCCGUAGAAGCUAUCCGACUCCCACGUCAUCAUCACUCGUUGAUGGGAAUGCAGAACACUCGACAACAAUGCGGCAAAGUAAUACCACACAUUCGAUCGCAGAUCCGACUGAUGUACAUCACGAUUACGAUACCAUCAUGGAGAGUGAGGAUUUUAGCAUGGUCUCACUAGACACUCUUCCAUCUGCGAAGCAAGCUGGACUGAGCUCUAUUCUCGGCUCAUCUAAAGGCAGUCGCAAGCCUUUCGCUGAGAAACACAAUGGGGCUUUUACCGAGAAUACAAACAGAAGGACUACAAAAUCACCUCAAGUUGUUACCAGUCAUGUCCUUGAGCCAUCUAUAACACCACAAUCCAAGCCUGUGGGAUUGCUCAGCGGGCAUGAAUCAGAUGAUCAGGUUGUGCCGGUUGCUAUCGACACAUAUGCCAUUAAUGCCUCGGUACAGGAGCCGUCAAUACAGCCGGUAGUUGAAAAAGAUAGGAAAAAUUCUCUUAGUCUCGCUCGCACAGUCCGACUUGGCUUGAGCCUGCAUGAUACUUUGAUUCAUCAACAACGUUUUGACACGGAAGACAGCGACGAGGAGGAGGAAGACCUAGCAAGCGCUGCCGAUAGGUUGAAGCGUAUAUUCGGCGACCUUGAUAUGGAGUCUCAGCGCCACCUUCAAGCUGGUCUCAGAUUCGGUGAACUUGUGGCGCGUGGAACGAUGAGGUCUAGAAGGCUACAAAGGCAGAAAGAAAGGCAAAUGAUUGAAGCUCGUGAGAGAGAAAGUAGCGUGGGAGAGCCUAUUGAAAGUCUACAACAAGCUGACACCUUCUCUGAUGAUUUACCAGAAGAAGAGGGGUUGUCGGAAGAAGAGGAAAUGUCGAGAACUCAGCGGCUGGAAGUUGAGUGGCAGCGGGAGCGUGAACUCGUGAGCCGUCAGAUUGAUAUGGCAGGGUCAGACAAUGUAAUUGUGCUCGACAGCGACGAUGUUUCAGUAGGUAACAGGGUUGAAGAUCAGGUCUACAAGCAAAACGAAGUAAACGAGGAAGAGGAAAGCGAGAAAGAUGAAGAUUAUGGAGAUGUCUGGCAAGAGGAAGCCAGAAAUCAUGAUUCCAGCUCUAACAGACAUUCAACGUUCGCAUCAUCUAUGGACGAAAAGAGAGCAUCUACGACGAACCGUAGAACAGGAAGUUCUUACAAAAACACUAGUCAACGCUACGACUGGGAUCCAGACAAUGGUGAGAUACCACCACUUGGAAGGUCGCGAACGGCACAACUACGUGAAGAGGAAGCUGAUUUGUCGCUUCUUUUGAAACCUCGCGAUACCCCAAAAUCACGCCAAUACUAUGGAAACGGCCCUCGUACGGCGUCAAGUCAAAGACUUCGAUCCGAUAGAAGCUCUAGAUAUGGUGGAACCAGUCGCGAUGCUUCGUCUCCGAUCAAGCGGUCUUCACUGGGUACUAGUCGGGUCAACGAUGAACCUGAAGAUAUUAAAAAUGAUAUCGGGAGGGAUAACGAAAUUUUAGAUGACGACGAUCUAUUGAAAGAGCAAGAAGAAGUCGAAGAAAAAGACGAAGAUGACGAAGAUGACGAGGAGCAGGAACAUGGCGAGUACGAAGAUGAAGAGCAAGAACAUGACCAAGACGAUGACCGUGAACGUGAUGAUGUUUUCAUUACAGAAGAGAGAGAAGCUACGGACGAACAUACCUCAUUCGGCCACUCUGUUACAACACCAGACCAGUCAAUGCCUGGACCCAAACAAUCAUGGUUUCGACGAAUUACGAACAACUUUACUCCAGGCUGGUGGACUGCAUCAAAGGAGGUGCCUCUGGACGAGUCUCAAAGCCCGCCUUUUCCAAUAGACGAGCGAACACCAAGUCUCAAACGCUCUCGUGCGGCUAGAGAUGCUGAAGAAGCUAUGGAGAUGGAGCAGAUCACUCCGGCGAUUUCUACGAUACAAUCAAGAAUAAAGGGGCGCCGGCUCUCAUCGUUCUCGUCGCCAAAGGCUCUAGCGACAUCGGGCUACUUUACAGAUGGGCAUUACGUUGCCUUGAAGCGUCUUUAUUGGGAAGCGAAGCGAUACCCCGAACGCUUUCCGUACCAUCCAACUUCGCACCGGGACGAGAUGCUCGGCGAUUCUCUGUGGACGUCCGACGGCGAGCACGGUCUACCAAUUGCCAAGAUCCAAUUCGGGAUACUCGAUCGGUUCGUCUCCGAAUUGAUAAGCGCUGAUAUCCGGAACGGAGGACGCGGUCAGAUCGGAUGGACAGAGGAUGACCUGCACAAGCGUCUGUUCAGUAUCAUCGUGGGCGAUGAAAUUCGGCGGGAGCGAAGGCAGCAGCGACUGUUGAACGAGAUGCGUUAG